AUGGCGCACCGACGCUCCUCCAAAAGCCAGGGGGAAGGUCACAAUAUGGGAAUGACCAAUGUCGAGUACUGGAGUGUGUUUACGUCGAAUUCGGAUGACUAUGAGCUCGGUCCUGCUAUAGGGUUCGGCGCUUCGUCCACUGUCUAUGCCGCUGUCUUUACACCGCCCACAUACCACUCGGCUCCUGUACCAUCAGCCGCCACGCCAGCUCCUACUCAAACUCAGCCCCGACAUCUUCAACCCAUCUCGGCUUCAUUGCCAAGCACAUCUCGCAAACCCAACCUGAGCAUUUCUCUAUCUCCAGCCUCUGCUUCUCUAUCAAACAACGUCUCGCCGGGCGACUUGACCAAAUCAAAUAGCUCGGCGCAGCCAAAGGAGCUGCCUUGCGCGAUCAAAGUCUCGGGCUAUCAGUAUGAUGCUGAACUACUCUUCAAAGAGAUACGUCUGCUAGAGCUUUGCAGGCAUCCAAAUGUCCUUCGUAUCGUAACAACUUUCACUCUACCUCCCGACCAUCUCCGACUAGCCAUAGUGACUCCUCUUAUAUCCGGUGGGUCGCUCGCGGGCAUCCUGGAUUGGCGUUCUCGCUUGGCGACCCCGACCAAGAGUCGGAGCAACUUCAAAUUCGGCAAGAAACGAGAUCUCGACACAGAACGGCCGGACGCCGGGGGACUAGAGGAAGAAGAGGUAAAGGGGAUCGUUAAGCAGGUGCUGGAUGGCCUGGCCUACUUGCACGAACAAGGAUAUAUACAUCGAGACCUGAAAGCAGGCAACCUAUUGAUAGAUGUAGACGGCACUAUACUCCUUGCCGACCUCGGUGUAGGUGGUGAUAUGAACCUCCCUGCUUCGCCUGCGCCUGGUAAAGCCAAGCGGACGGGCAUCGAAGAAAUCAGGUUCGAGCCCCAGCAGGGUCUCGGGCCUGGGAAGAGGAUGCCUUCACCAAACGAUGACCGGGGUAUGAGGAAGAGCUUCGUGGGAACUCCCAGUUGGAUGGCCCCCGAGGUCGUGACUGGCCAAAAGUACGAUAGCAAAGCCGACAUCUGGAGUCUCGGUAUCACUAUCCUCGAGCUAGCUUAUGGCGCCGUUCCGGGUGGCAAGCGGAAAAGUAGAGACAUCUUGACAAAUAUAGCGAAAGAGCCUGCGCCAGUGCUGGACAGGAUGGGCAAGUUCAGUAAGCAGAUGCAGGAUUUUGUACAACUUUGUCUGGUCAAAGAGCCUGCGCAUCGAGCAUCAGCAUCGCAAUUACUAGACCAUUUAUGGCUCAGACAUUCCAGAAAGAAAGAAGCGUUGGCACAAACACUUCUUGACGGCGUCCCACCUCUUUCCCAACGACAAGAGCUGUUCCGUGUCCCCACGGUCUCUUCUAUUGUCUCUGGAACCUCCUCCUGGGAUUUUGCCUCCCCAUCUGUACCCUCUUCCCCCAUGCGGUCCUCGCAAAUCUCGGCGGCUGCUGCUCGCUCUCCGUCAGUCAUAUCUUAUAAAGGCGACUACUUUGCCGCAACGCAUUCAAGAUCUUCGUCCUUCAGUGCAUUACCGCCUUCGCCGAGGGUCUCAUUACGACAAUGGGCAGAGCGCUCCGGCUCAGUCGAUGGAGAGGGUAUCGCAGGUCUUGGUAUCAGGACGGGGAGUGAGGGUGGCAAGUCUAGGGGAAGGACGCAAAACUCUGCCUCUGUACUGAGCGGACGCAAAAGCUUGUCAUUUGACCUGCAACGUCCUUCCUCAGUCACUAAUUUACGACUCGGGGCUGUAUCUCCAGUCAAGCGCGGCCGAGAGCUGAGACCAGCAAGGUCAGAAGAUAACAUUGAAGGCUUCCAAGAUGAUGGGCGGGGUCUGGCGCCCAUGAGUCCCUUGCUCGAAGUUACCAGACCAAAUCGAGCAGGGGUAGAGAAGGUGGAGAUACCGAACCUAGCCUUGGCCGAGGGGUCUCUGAGCUCGGGUUUGGUGGACGGUGUGGCGUCGAUGGGUUUCGAUGACAGGGUUCAAAACUCGCCGCCGGAUCUACCGAGCUUGGCCGCCGAGAUAAGCCCACUUGAUAGUACUACCCUACCCAUUCUUCCCGAUCCUGAAACACCCACCAAAUUGGGCAAAGGCAAGGAGCAGCGAAUCUCGCCGGAACCCGACAUCUCUCUUUCCCGCACAGAGACUCUCGUUGCCCGCGUUCCCUCCCGCCCAUAUGAGUCUCUGGAGGAACAUGACGCCAAGAGAGGAUGGUUGGGAAGAAGAAAGAGCGCAAAUAGGAAUGCUGGGGGCAGGGACACGGCGAGCGGUAGCUCUGAAGGACUGCCACAGUCAAUGAGAAAGACGGGAUCUUGGGGCGGGAUGCUAGGGAAGCUUUCGGGCAAGAAGGGUAAGCUAUCUACCAUAGGACCAGCCUGA